CCUGCUGGAGUUACGAAACUGUGUGACUGCAGAGCUGUAUAUAAGGCUCCCAGGCACAGCAUUUCUGGGUUUCUUACAUCUGGGAGCAGCUGGAUUUUCCUUUUUCUAGAGCUGGUUGUGCACUGAAAGAUGGACCUCAGAAAUCUUUGGGCUUUUUAUUGCCCUGUUCUGCAUCUCUUCGGCAGAGAGAGACUGUCGUGUGAGCACCUUCAAAACCGUGGAAAAUUUUGACAAACAACGGUAUACUGGAACCUGGUAUGCAGCAGCCAAGAAGGACCCAAAAGGACUUUUCCUUUAUGAUAACAUUGUGGCCACCUUCAGUGUUGAUGAGGACGGAAAAAUGACAGCCACAGCCAGAGGAAGAGUCUUUUUAAUGGGCACUAUUGAAGUAUGCGCUGAUAUGGUGGGACUGUUCCAGGACACAGAUGAGCCUGGCAAAUUCACUAUGAAGUACUUUGGAGCUGCAGCUUUUCUUGAAAAAGGAGUUGAUCAACAUUGGGUGAUAGCCACAGAUUACGAUAACUAUGCCAUCGUCUACUCAUGUCGCGAGAUGGGUGACAACGGAGAGUGUUUGGAUGAUUACUCCUUUAUCUUCUCUCGAAAUCAAAACGGACUUACUCCAGAAGCACAGAGAAUUGUCCGAAGAAAGCAGUCUGAAUUGUGCUUGGACAGAAAAUACAGAAUUGUCCCCCAUAAUGGUAUCUGCAAUGACAGCUGGUGA